AUGUAUGAUGAUGUAUCGUCCUCGCUAGACAGCGUUGCAACGGAUAAUGGACAUGCAGAUCCACCAAAGAAAGAUAUCAUCCAGUUGUUCAACAAUAUAUUAAGAGCUCAGCUCGGUAAUAAUCCCAGUUUACAACGAUUAGGUACCCCUGCGGAAUGGGUAGAUAUCAUUUUUAAAAAAUCGAAUGUGUUUUAUGGAUGCGAUGAGUUGAUGUGGGGAGCAUUCAUUGCUUGUAUCUACCGUGAUCCUCAAGAUUCUCAGUUAAGUUGUAUUCUGAUUGAUAAGGUAGGUGUGAGCCAUUUCAGCCCCAUUGAUGUUACUGGGGAGUCACAGUAUUAUCCUGCUAUUGAAAAUCUAGUGCCGGCUCAUAAGAAUUCUGAAAGUCGUCAAUGUAUAGCUGUGACAUUUUUACAAAGGUUUGCACAGUUAUCAGAUAAGGAUGUGCGUCGUGUGCAUCCAGAUACAUUCAAAUUUGAUUACGAUCCCACACAUGCUGGUGAUUUGGCAAGCGCUUGUAUUCAGAUGGAAGGUGAGAAUAAAUUGGUCAAUAUUGGUAGAAAGUUACUUUCAUUGGGAUUUUUCCAGGAUAGAUUAGUUAGUUCGACACUAUUGGAUGUGGUUUACGAGUACAAUGAAGCUGUUUCAGAACCUAAUAACAAGUUGGUUUUUUAUUUGGGAAAACAAUUGGAACAACUUUUCAAUCCAUUGACAGAAUACUCACCAGAACAGACAGAACAUACUUAUAAAGCACCUAGUGAUGAAACGCCGACAGAAGAAGAUGAUGCAUUGGUAAAAGCAAUCUCAAGGGAACUAUUGGAAUUACAAACCAAUUUUACCUUGAAUCUAGUCGAAUUUCUACAAAAAUUUGUUAUAGUGCUUAGGAUACGAGUGCUUAACGGUGAAAUAGAAGGAUUGUCAACAGUGAAAUUGAAUCGACUUUUUCCACCUACCAUAGAUGAAGUUACAAGGAUAAACUGUAUCUUUUUGGAUUCACUCAAAUCGGCAACACCAUUUGGUUCCCUUGAGGUUUUAAAAGCAUGCAGUGUUACAAUUCCAUAUUUCUACAAGGCCUAUACAAGACAUGAAGCGGCUACCAAAAAUUUCAAUAAGGACAUCAAGCUUUUCCUAAAAAGUUUUUACAAUCAGAUACCACUUUCUGAUGUUUUUACCGAAAUGAAGAUAGAUUCUUUGAUCAAGGGACCCCAAGAGAAAUUGAUGAAAAUAAAAUUAAUUAUAGACAGACUAUACGCAUCUAAAAAGUGGGAUCCGAAAAAUGAGGGAGAAGCAAAGAAGUGCUACGAUAAUGUCAUUGAGAUAAUUGAUUCUUUUGGUAGACUAGAGGGACCUUUAAAUUCCUAUAAUUCGAGAGUUUUUACACCAUCAGGUAAGAUUCUCACAGAGUUAGCUAAGGGUUGGCCAGCUGAACUACAAUACAAAUGGCUAAAGAGAAGGGUGGUUGGUGUAUUUGACAUGAUCGAUCCCAAGGAUCCAACCAAUGAGAAGUUACUAGUCAUUUUUAGUGACUAUUUGAUGUUUUUGGAUGUUGUGGAAGACCGCACGAACUAUGGAUCGGCACAAUUCAAGAAACCUUCCAUCUCAGAUAUUUUAAUGAAUUCGCUAGUUAAUGAAGUACCCCUCCCCCCUAAGAUGCCUCAGCUAAGGGUAGAUGGUCACUGUUACAUUGAUGAAGUCUUUGUAACAUUAUUUGGUAAUAACUGCAUCAGAUUCGACGCAUUUAGGGAUAAAAAUCCUUUUGCAGUAACAUUGAAGGUACAACGUAAACCCUUUUCUGCUUACACAGUUGCUGACUUGGUCACAAAGGCUAAAAUUUUGGAAAAGGAUACCGCUUUUCAUCUGUUUAAAGCUACUCAUGAUGAUAUAACGGUAUAUUCUACAGCACAUGAAAUGGAGGCAUACAGUAAUGAGACUAUCAAAUCAAAAUUUGCUCUGUUUUUAAACAUGAAUCCCACCGAAAAAGUCAUUAUGCAACAUAAAUUGCAUGUUGCAAUGUUUGCUAAAUUUGUGCCUGGUGUUCUUGAUACUGAACUGGUUCAACUAGAUAUUUUAACCAGUGAUGGUGGUUUUCGCUCUAUAAGAACUGCAAUAGAGGAAUUGAUACCUUCUGUACUUCGUCAGCUUUCAUUCGAAAUUCCUGUAUGCUUUUCUUCGAUAUAUUCGCCCUUGCUUCCUGGAAUAUUAGCGGCUAAUGAAAGCAUUAUCAAAGGACUCGAGUGCUUCGAUUCGGCGAAUGCUGUAACUUCUAGACCAGUAAGUAAGACUCGUGGUGAGAAAGAGCCCAGACCAAUGUCAUCCUCGGUCACAAAAGGUCCUGAAUCCCAUUCUCGACACCGUCCAGCCAAGUCUUAUGCUACGAUAACUACAUUCAGAAGUAAUAUUAGUGAUACAAAGACUGCUGGUAAUCGUCAGUCAGAAGAUAGAUUUGAUUUUGAAGAAAUGGAUCAACCCCAAAAAGCUCAAGUAGAAUCCCACGAACCUCAGGAGAAAAAAGACAGAAUGAAACUCUUUCCUCAAGCGCCAGCACCAUCACUAGCAGCACGUCAAGAAUCCCAGCCCGCUUCAAAGAAAGCUGGCAGACACCAGAAAAGAAGAAGCAUUAGUAACAUCUUCAAAAGCAUUUUCAGUAAGAAGAAGGAAAAUGACAGCAGCAUCAGUACUAUCAAGGAUAAAACCAAGAAAAAAUCAAAUGAAGGAAGACCAAAUGAAUCCCAGAAGCAUUACUUCACUUCAAAUAAUAAAUCUAGAUCUGAUAACGGUAGCCAACGCAAACGUUCCUCGGUCUUACAAAAUAAUUACCCUAAACCGGUCAAUGAUGCGAGGAAUUCAUUAAAUGGAAGGUCGCCAAAUGAAUCCUUGGCACCAGUCGAACCACCCAAUACGAGAAAUAAAGCUGUAGAGGAGAAAAGACACCAAUCUAUUCAAUUGGGACAAUUUGAUACAGAUAAUACUGUUGGAACUAAUGAUAAGAGGUUUUCCACUGUUUCAGACUUCGCCGGACCUGCUAGAAACACAUCUACGACGAAUAACAGAGACUCUGCCCUUUACAGAAAGUCUCAAAUUUCCGAGAUGAUGAACGAGGAAAUUGGACAACCAGAGAGAUCUGAUUCUCGUGAAUUAAAGGAACUGCCGAAGGAACCUCCCAUUGAUGCAUCUAAGGAUGGAAAAGAAAAUCAUGGAUCACCUCCUCAACCAAGUGUAAACGAAGUUCGUGAGCAUAAUCAAACAAUGGCAUCUCAAGCUAAUAACUUGAGUGACUCCAAGUUGGCAGGAGUGCAAGAGAAUAUUGUCGCAGAAGAUUUAGAGGGGAAACCUUCUCGCGAAAGUCAAGUGUUCAACGAUGACCUGUUUGGUGAUGUUAUUCCAGACCCUAAAAAAGGUCCUUCAACUAUCAAUGAAACUGGUACCAUGCAAUCAAACAAAAGGAACUCCGCUGUUCAAAACAAUUCACAAGCUGUUAAUGGUUCAAGUGUUCCCGGCCCAUUUGAUAAUAAAAAGGUUGAAAACUUUGAUGCAGAAAUAAAACCUCAAGAAAAUGUGCAACAAAAUGAGAAUGAGCCAGAAGCCACUCAUAUUGAAGCUACCCAGCCCACCGAUAACUUUCAAGAUAACUUUUCACAAAAGAAGUCAGUGAAUCCAAGAAUUCAAAACUUGAAAGCAUCGAAAAUCGACUUUGAGAAAUCUUCCUCGUUUGUGGAGCUCUUUCAAGGGAUGAGGUUGGUUCUCGAUGAAUCUGACGCUAAAUACAAUUGGAAGAGUUUGCCCAGUGAGUAUUCUCUUCGCGAUACUUCGCCAGUGAAUUUUGUCGAAGAACCAACUCCACAGCCUCAACAUCAGCAUGCUUUCAAGUCUAUUGCUUUUGCUGGUAUUAAUAUUCCACCGAAGCCCCGCGCUGAAUCGGCGGUACGUCGUCCACCUCAGGCGAAACCUGAAUCAAUUAAUUCCUUCAGUCCAGGUGCUAGGCAAUCCAAACUAGUUAGUGGCACAAACCAAAACGUUGCUCAAGAAAGUGGAAAGAAGGUUUUUAAUGCCAGCCAGCAGAAUAGGGAGAGUGGAAUUAAUCAAAAUGCUACACAAGGCCAAAAAGCAGGUUUUAUCAAUCAAAGAAUUCCUCGUGAACGUUCGAUACCAGAAAUCAGAUAUGGAGGUAUGAACCGCCAGUCGAGGACAGGUGUCAACAGCAAUGCCUUCGUAUCCCCAGGAAAUCCUACUCUAUCGGCUGAUGGUACUGGUAAUACCUUGGAAGAGGAACAAGAAGAAAAUCAAAGAGAUGUUGCUAAUAAAUUAUUCGAGAACACAUUACGGAAGGACUCUGAUUUAGCACCACCACCCAAACUUUCUCAACAAUCGAGUCCGGAAAGACCUGCAAGGAAGAAAAUACCGACUUUUAAAGUGAUAAAUAAUUCACCUACUAGAAUCAUCCAAAGAAUUUCUCCAGAUCGUGCUGCUUCCCCGUACAAUAUUCCAUCUGACAUCUCAAUUUCUUCUGAUCUAGACGAACAUACAAACAAGCGGUUGUUUGAAUUAAAAUUUUCAUCGAAAGAUGACAUCAACGACAGCGGCAGUUCACCGGUGGAAAGCGCCGCUAAACCAUCUAUGCCAGAUGCCACCACACAGGAUGUGGGAAAUGCAUCUGAAACCUCUGCACCUUCUGUGCAUAACAAUGAUGAUUCCAAUACAACCCCUGAGGAUUCUUUGCCAGAAGGUAAACCAUUACAAGGAGAAGAUGGCGGUUUAUUGGACGAUCUUGAUUUCAGUUCCUUUAAUGUUACCUUUGACACUUUUAAUAGGGAUCGAGAUGUAUCACAGAGGAGUAUCACUCGUGGUCCUUCUGUGAUAAUAAAAGACCAAGAACCGUUAUCAACUACAGUGGAAAAUCCUAGGUCGGAGGAACCUCUCAUUUAUCGUUUACCAAAAAGUAAUGAAAAUAGUACAAGGAAAUCCUACUUGAACAGACCUUCUAAUACCAGGCAAGUUCAUAACGAUGAUGACCCCAUUUGGAUUUCUCCUAGUAAACUGGAUUACUAUGAUAUUAACAAAUUCACCGGACCGGCCUUUAAGGAUGCGAAAGAAAUGAUUAGAACUGCUACGAACGAGAAUAUGCAUAAAAUUAUAGCAGAAAAUCCUACAUCCAUGAAUGAAUUAUCCUACGCCUACUUAGCCUCAAUUAUCGAUGAUGAUGAUGAUCAGCCGCUAAAUUCAAACGACAGACCAAUUCGUCUCACAUUUAAAGAGUGA